AUCAUUGAAGUGUCUGUCGUUUGUUGUGUUGACAUUAGAGCUACAGAGGUGCAAGCGAAACAUUUUUGCUAUCAUUAUUUAUUCAAACAAAGUGCAAAUAAAUAUCUGCAACGAUGAGUUACAUGCUGGGACAUCUACACAACGGCUGGCAAGUAGACCAAGCCAUACUGUCGGAAGAAGACCGUGUUGUUGUCAUAAGGUUCGGCCACGAUUGGGACCCGACCUGCAUGAAGAUGGACGAGGUUUUGUACAGUAUCGCAGAAAAAGUCAAGAACUUCGCCGUCAUAUACCUCGUGGACAUCACUGAAGUACCAGACUUUAAUAAAAUGUAUGAAUUGUAUGAUCCCUGCACGGUGAUGUUCUUCUUCCGCAACAAGCACAUCAUGAUUGAUCUGGGCACGGGAAACAACAACAAGAUCAACUGGCCCCUGGAGGACAAGCAGGAAAUGAUCGACAUCAUAGAGACUGUGUACCGUGGUGCUCGCAAGGGCCGUGGUCUUGUCGUGUCACCCAAGGAUUACUCCACCAAGUACAGAUACUAAUACCAACACAAGCUGCUGGUGAUAGUGCUAUCUGAGACAACCUACCUUCUAGUUCUAAUGUGAUUUUAUAUUGUGAACAUUGUUUUAAAUGUUUAACAUAACAUGAAAAUAAAUGGUAAUUAGUAUGUAAGUGUAGAUUAUACAUUUUGUAAAUAUCAAAAAAUUACUGUGAAAACUUUUCAUAUAAGCAAACAAUUGUAUUGAACCUGAUGUUACUCAAUUAUAAAGAAUGCAAAUUGAUAAAUCAGUUUUCUUUAAUUA